GUCCUCCCAAUGCGGGGGCUCUGUGGAUAGGCUCUGGCUACGCCGUGGAGAAAACGUGCAUUGAUCCCGUGUGGUGUGAGCGACAAACAAAUCCGAGCAGCGAGCCGCGGUGACAGGCGGUGAGGCUGCUGCAUCCACACGGCAGUUCCCGAUUAAUAGAGGGAUUCAUGGGUGUACGCAUGCAUGCUUUAAUGAGUGUGUGCAGAUAUCUGGCGCUGCUGGACGGUUUUCGAGGAUUUAAAAGCGGACUGAUCGAGCUGUGGACCCACUGAGGCUCUGCCCCCCAGACCGACUCCCCGCGUCCCUGCAUAUGUUUCCUGGCAUGGCAUCAUUCUCUCUGCUAAUUCAUCAAAGGAUUAAUUGAUCAAGUCCCGUUUUGGGUCCUCAUGGUGCUUGAAGGCAGGGACAUGGACGGGAUCGGGAACACCAUGCAGAAGAAGGCUGCAGAGCUGGAGCGGCUCGCCGAGGUGCUCGUCACCGGGGAACAGCUCAGGCUGCGGCUCCAUGAGGGGAAGGUGAUCAAGGACCGGAGGCACCACCUUCGAACUUACCCGAACUGCUUUGUUGCCAAGGAGCUCAUUGAUUGGCUGAUCGAACACAAGGAGGCCUCCGAUCGAGACACGGCAAUCAAGAUCAUGCAGAAACUUCUGGACCAGAGCAUCAUCCACCACGUGUGUGACGAGCACCGGGAGUUCAAAGACAUGAAGUUGUUUUACCGCUUCAGAAAGGACGACGGCACGUUUCCGCUGGACAGUGAAGCCAAGGUCUUCAUGAGGGGGCAGAGGAUCUAUGAAAAACUAAUGAACACAGAGAACAACCUUUUACAGACCAGGGAGGAGGAGGGCGUUUCGUUUGAGAGGACGCUGGUGGCCUCGGAGUUCAUCGACUGGCUGCUGCAGGAGGGCGAGAUGGCGACCAGGGAGGAGACGGAGCAGCUGGGGAGGAGGCUCCUGGAACAUGGCAUCAUCCAGCAUGUCACCAACAAGCAUCACUUCAUCGACGGGCCGCUCCUCUUCCAGUUCAGGAUGAACUUUCGGCGACGGCGGCGGCUGAUCGAACUUCUUCACGAACGCGGACGCAGCAUCCCAGAGAGCCACGACAGCCCCUUCUGUCUCCGCAAGCAGAACUCAGACGGAGGAAACACCAGCUUCCUCUCAGUGAGCCCGACCAAAGAGAUAAAAGUGGCGGUGGGAGUUCGUCGCAGCAGCAUGAGCAGCAGCUGUGGCAGCAGCGGUUAUUACAGCAGCAGCCCGACGCUCAGCAGCAGCCCGCCGGUCCUCUGCAACCCCAAAUCUGUUCUCAAGAGACAAGUGAGUCCAGAGGAGCUGCAGACACCAGGAGGACCUUUUAUAAAGAAGACAUUCACAAUCGUUGGUGAUGCUGUAGGCUGGGGCUUCGUGGUGCGAGGCAGCAAACCCUGUCACAUCCAGGCUGUGGACCCUGGUGGACCUGCAGCUGCUGCUGGCAUGAAGGUUUGUCAGUUCGUGGUGUCGGUGAACGGACUGAACGUUCUCUGUCAGGACUACCGGAACGUCAGCAGCCUGAUCCUGAACGGACCGAGGACAAUCGUCAUGGAGGUGAUGGAGGAGGUAUAAGUUUGAUAAGGGCUGCUGGAGAAAAUGCUCCUAAAAACAGUAGUGUAGUAAUAAUGUGGGGACGAGAAGGUUUCAGACUUAACCUUUAAACCACAGCAGCAGAUGGAUGACUCGAACUCUCUCACGGUUUGGAGAAGGUAGAUGAAUAAAACACGUUAAUGAAUGAGUGAUUCAACGCUCGGAGGAAACAUGCAGGUUGUACGAGAUUUUUGUUUCUUUGAAUUUAAAGGCACAAAUGUGGGAAAGUGCAAGAGCCAGCACUUCCACAGACAGAUCCUGCAAAGACUCGCAGUCUAAAUGAGGGCGCCCCAGACUUCAUGAAUGGAGAGGAAAAACUGCAUUUUGUGUUUGAACUGAAUCAUGAGAGUGUUGGAAGGUGUCAGAGGACAUGAAGAUAAAUUUUCGUGAUUAGAAACCUGGAGAUGAACAAGUGAAACUGUGCGAAUCGGGAAGAGUGUUUCACGGAUACGUCUAGCCACGAAGGAUCCUGGUGGUUCCACACUGCCCUCUGCUGGGAAGAACAGGAAGACACAGGAAGACUCGCUUUACUUCAUAGAUUCUUUGGUUUCGAAGUAUUUCGGUGUUUGUUUCCCUGUUUGAAGAACCACCGUAUUAAAUGGAAAACAGAAAAAUUCUACCAUUUGCCUGUAAAAACCUAAAUACGAACUAAAUUAAAGCUGAGGUACAUUUAUGCUCAGCUGCUAGGAGAGUUUGCAAUGAAAAAAACUGUAUUAUUAUUAGGCACAAUGUAUAUAAGACAAACUUUUACAUACGACACGGUAAAGAAGCCCUGCUUUAUAAAAUGGGUGAAGUCUCAUUAGAAGAUCUUGUGAACAACUUUAAUCUAUAAAAAGUCUUGUUUUUUCUAAGAGGAAACCGCAUAUACAGAGUAAGAACUCAUUAUUUGUAAGAGUUUGUUUAACAGAAUAACUCGGACAGUAAAAUAUUCCUUCAGUUGCUCUUACUGGGAAGUUUUUCUUAGAAAUGCUGCAUUUCUUGCUUGAAAAAAAACCCACAACAAUGCAAUAUAAUAUAUGUUCUUUGGUUUCAGCCAGGGUACUUAAGUGUUGAGGAACCAACAAAAAAAUUCUACUCCUUUGCCUGUAAAAACCCCAAAGCUGAGGUAGAUUUAUGCUUAGCUGCUAGGACAGUGUCAGCGAUGAAAAUACAGUGAAAAACUACAUGAUUAGGCACAAUGUAUAAAGUAAAGAUUUAUAUACAGGAAAAGUGAAGAAGCCCUACUUUUAAAAAAAAAUGUUGUUUCAUGGGUGAGAUCUCAUUAGAAGGUCUUGUAAACAGCUUAAAUCUAUAAAAAGUCUUGUUUUUUCUAAGAGGUAACCUGACAUACAGAACAGAAACCUCAAAAAUGACACAAGAUGUUGCUAUUUGUUAGAGUUUGUUUAAAAGCAUAACUCUGAUGAUAAAUUUUGCAUGUUAUACUUUCUCUCUGGAUGCUUUUAUUAGAAUUUUUUCUCAGAAAUGCUGCAUUUCUUGCUUUAAAAAACACAAAAAUACACUCAGUGUGUUCCAUACCAGCAGCAAAGUCCUACAAUAUAAUUAAAGUUGUGCUUACCAAGCAGCCUUGUUGAAAAAUUUUAAUUUAAGCAGCAAAAAGCAGAUUUUAUUGACCUUUUACUAUCGAUUUAGGCUUGAGAUGAAUAUUAAAGAGUAAAAUGAUUGUACAAGCACUUAAUUGACAAAAGCACUUGAGUGAGAAAAGUUUUCCUUUCUGGAAUUAAAGCAGAUUUAAUAUGUAGAUGUACUUACAUAUACUGUAUAUAUAACUUGUGAAUUACAAUCGGACUUCCCUAAUUUGAGACGAAUAAAGAAGAACCUCCUGCUUGCUCUAUGGAAGUAAAGACUUUCCAAACAGGCAAAAUCAUUUUGAGAAGACUGAAAAUGUCAAAAUGUGCACCUGUGUUUCUUCUUCUUUUUUUAUUUGCAAUGGCAGCAAAAUAACAGCUGCACAGAUCUAAAUAUUAAAUCAAUAUAAUUAAAGAGAUCAUUUCUUUCAAAAUCACAUACUUGCUCACUUACCUCUACUGGUGUCCAUCUUAUUAUAAGGUGGAUGGAAAAGAAGAUUAUUUUUGGUUAUCAUAGAGGGGAAAAAAAAAGACUCUUCCUUGCAAAAUCAGUUUGAAAUGUUUUAAAUUUCUAUGGAGAAAUGCCUUCUACUGCAGCUUUUGUUCAUGUUAUAACCCUGUCAUUGCUGUGAGCACCUCAAACAAAAUGUAAUUUAAUUGAACUGUCUGAUUUUCUGGAUACAAGUAGAGGUAAAUGAUAAUAUUUUUAAUUUAAAGUGCUUCACAGUUUUAGUGAAAUGAGCCUUUUAAAGGAAAUCGCUGCUUAGAUUAACUCGAAGUUAACCAGAUUAGAGCAGGCUUAAAGUUCUGCUUUUAGACUCUGUCAUCAUGUGCUUAGACAUCCUAGCAUGAACAGAUUAUAUUUGAAUCUACGUUUUAUUAAAAAAGAAGCGCAUGGAUAAGGGAUUGUCAUAUUAUUCAUCCAGUAUGUGUUUGUAAUCCUGAGUAGCACUUGUUUACUUGUUUGUUUAAGCCAAAGCUCCACUGCCUGUUUAACUGGAUAUACAGUUAGUUUAGUCCUGAAGUGAAAUUAUUACUGAAACCUUAAACACAGAUGCAGUAAACUGAGUGUUUCUACUCAAAAAUGAAUAUAAUGUAUGUCCACCAAGUCUUUAUUGCCAAACUGUAGAAUGAUUUGUCACAGUAAACUGCCUCCUAAUGUGUCCUAAGUGAGUUUAUUGGUGGACAUUUUCUAGUUUUUCCUCGCUAUAUGUAGAUUUAUUGGGCAGAUAAAUGCAUGGGUGCUGUAAAUAUGUGCUUAUGUAGCUUUACCUUCUAAUCCACAGCACUUGUUCAGUGUGUUGAUUAGUUAAACUGAGUUAUCUGACAAAUCAUUUCAGAUGUAAAGUAGAUUUGGGCGUUUAAAACAUUUCCACGUGUUCUGCACGUUACCGGAGGGGUGUACUAGGAAUCAAGGUUCAACACAGCCCGGCUUUCUUUGUGUUAGCUGGAUCGACUAAACCUAAUACAGAGAGAUGAUGGAAAUCAAGGUGACGGUUGUCAACUUUUUUUGUUAGUCCAAGGUUAAUUAACAAGUGCGCGCUCCACGAAAGGAGGCAUCAUUUACUCUUCUUUAAAUAAACAUAUGAUGUGUAGUAGAGAGCUAUGAAGAACAUAAAAGCUUUAUUAGGACAAAAAGCAACACUGUUACUGGCAAUAAGGGGAAAAAGAGGAAUGCAAAUUGUUAAUUAUGUAAGUUGUUAUGGACCCAAUUAUUUUACCUCUCAGUGCUUGUUGCCUAUUUCUAAUGGGACAGCAGCAAUUAAAGCACUUAAACAGUAAAAUAAUGCAUUUAAACAUGAUGCUCAAGUGUCUUACACAGUGGGAAAUGUUUAAACCACCUUAGGUUUUAUUCAAAUCAAAGUGAAAUUAUUGGUGAUUUAAUAUAUCCAUAAUUAAUACCACAAGACUUAUCAAAUUUCUAAUCUAUUAGUUGCAGUAGCAGCAGUGUACAAUGGACUUUGCAGCCAAUCAGAGCCAAGCACUAAAACAUUUUUGCACAUUUUCUGCAUUACUGAGUAAUCGAGCAACACAGAUCUUGAGCUGCAUUUAAGCACUGAGCCACUUUAUAAUUAGUUAUCUUGAGAAGUCCUUACUAAAUAUUUGCAGAGGCGAGUUGUGUGUGCACAGAAGUGACUCUCUUUUUUUUUUUUUUUUUUUUUUUUUUUUUAAAAAGGUGCAUUUUCUGCAUCACCGCUUGAAUUUGUCUCGGUUUCCAUGGCGACACAGCUACAUAGCUUUGUCAAGUGGUGUUACUAAAACUUAGAGGCAAACAAGUAUAUCACUUAAACAGAAUAUCGUCUGAAAAGCAAAGGAUUGCCUCUUACAGCUGAUGUACUUCCAAUAUUCUGAAAAUAAUCCUCUGAAGCAGGUUAGCUGUGCAGCAUCAGUUACCAUGGUGAUACAGCAGAUAUUAAAAGUUCAGAUUUUCGUUGCUAUCUCCUUAAUCUCGCUUCCUAGUACACCUCCCAGGAAAAAGACUGUUCUAGAAUAUUUUCUAAUAUCCUCUGGUCGACUCUGAUGAGCUUUUGUUUCAAGUUUCUGAUCUCAAGAGUCCACUCAUGUUGUUACAUGGAUGAUGCCAUACAAUGUACUGUUAAUACUGUGCUGAAAGAUUUACUGUGUAUGAAGAAAAGAUGCAACUUUCUAAUUAUGCUUCAAUACUUUGCUCAUAUGUUCAGUUCCAUGCAGCCAUUCAACCUGUUUCAACAGAAGUUAAAACACACACAGAACACACAGUUUUUUUCAUAAAUAGAGAUGUCAUUAAGCUUUAACAUGGUUUUUCUUAGCAGUUUUCAGCUCAGUAUUUGUGCCAGGUUAAAGACUUACGAUUCUGAUAAAGGAGAUGUCGUGUGUUUGUCUGAUGGCAGUUUGUAAAGUUGGGGGAAGAGUUCAGGAUGUUCCCAGUUGGGUUUUGGGGAACAGAAAUAUGCAGUGUGUAUGUUAAAGCCUUGAAGGGGUUCCUUGUGUUGGGUUGGCUGAAAACGGGUUCACUGACUGUUAAAGUGAAAGUUUUUGCCUUAACACCUUAUUUUUGCUGCUAAUCACAGUCGGUGGUCGGCCGAUCGCCCGUUCUGUUCUCACCUCAUGCUGACCGUGCUUCAGUUCUAUUGACAAUCAGUGUUUUUACCACCUUCAAACAGCACAACAGUGGUUUGAAAAGCAAUGAUCCCACAGAAUGUAUUUCACCGCCGUCUUCUACUACUGUUCUCGGUUUUUGUACUCGGACUUUAAUGACUCAUGUGUGACUAAAGGGAUUCUGUGGCUUCGUGUUCACCUCACGAGGCCCAAACUUUUCAGCAGGUACAGCCGUUUAUUUUUCUCUGCUUUCUUGGAUUGAAUGUUGGGUUAUCAGGACGAUAUAAGCUCGAACUACCGGUCUGUUUUUGACAAAAGCAGCUAAAGCCCAUUGCAAUGUUCUAAUGUAUUAAAAAGUUGAUUAAGUGUUUAAUAAACAAACUGAUUCGA